AUGGCGCGAACUCCGUGGAUCGGCGGCAACUGGAAGUCAAACGGCACCGUUGCUUCCAUAACCGAGCUUUCAAAGGAACUUAACCAGGCAAACUUCAAUGCAAGUCAAAUACAGUUUUCGUGCCUUCAUUCUGCCGCUCGCUUCCAAUAUGAACCUUUCAGUCAAAUCGUCCUCAAGGCCGGAACCCCCAGUCUGGCUGUUGGCGACAUCGGCUGUGUCGCUGGUUUAACAAAUACAAGAAAACAGCAGAUAAAUGUGUCGGUGGAGGUCGUCCUCUUCCCCACGGCGCUGCAUAUUGCGCUAGCCAAGGAAAAACUGAAAAAUGAGUUUCAAGUCGGCUGCCAAAACAUCUCUAAGACCGGACCGGGAGCCUUUACAGGCGAAAUCACGGCGGAGAUGGUGGCUGACAUGGGUCUGAAGUGGGUGAUGGUUGGCCACAGCGAGAGGCGGCAGUACUACGGCGAGACGGAUAGCGUCGUAGCAGAGAAAGUCGCAAUGGCGAUGAAGCAGGAAGGACUCAAUGUUGUGAUCUGCAUUGGGGAGAAACUCGAGGAGCGCGAAAGCAACAAAACGAUGGAAGUGUGCAGGACUCAGCUGGAGGCCGUUAUCCCCAAAGUAACAAAUUGGAAUAGGGUUGUCAUCGCGUACGAACCCGUCUGGGCUAUCGGCACAGGCAAAGUCGCCACUCCUGAACAGGCACAGGAGGUUCAUCACGAACUGCGCAAGUUCAUUUCAGAGCGUGUGGGAUCCCAGGUGGCUUCAGCGUUGCGUAUAGUAUACGGCGGUUCUGUGAGUGACUCCAAUUGUGUUUCUCUGAUUAAAUGCGAAGAUGUUGAUGGCUUCCUUGUAGGAGGUGCUUCUCUUAAGAAGGCUUUUGUUGACAUCAUCGGCGCCCCUAACAAAGCCUGA